GAGACAGGUGAGACAGGAGACAGGCUGUGUGGUGAGACAGACAGGCUGUAUGGUGAGACAGGUGAGACAGGAGACAGGCUGUAUGGUGAGACAGGUGAGACAGACAGGCUGGUGAGACUGGUGAGACAGGAGACAGGCUGUGUGUGAGACAGGUGAGACAGACAGGCUGUGUGUGAGACAGGUGAGACAGACAGGCUGUAUGGUGAGACAGGUGAGACAUGAGACAGGCUGUAUGGUGAGACAGGUGAGACAGGAGACAGGCUGUGUGGUGAGACAGGUGAGACUGACAGGCUGUGUGGUGAGACAGACUGCUAACCUGUCUGUGGCUGCAGGACAGCAGAACCGGCUGUGAAGAGGUAGCAGAACAGAAGGAUGAGCUCACUGCACAGACAGCUGAGUCAGCUGCUCGGAGCAUGGAGGAGGAGGAGGAGGGUGGAGGAUUCUCUGUACGCAGCCGCUGGUUUUCACUGCAGGACCUUCUGCUCCACCACUUCAGAACCAGAACUCCUAGAGAUCCACAAGAAGAAGCUCUUCCUGUGGUUCAGCCACCUUCCUCAGGAGGAGAAACAGUUCGGGGGUUACUUCAGUCCAGAGACCAUGCAUGUGGACCCCCUGAUCCUGGAAAGAGAGGCCGAGGAGAGGGCAGGAAUGCUCAUUUCCCCUCUCAAGACCGUGACCCCCUCCAGCCCCUCUGUGACCGUGGAGCAGCUGUUUGAGCCCAGCGAUGGCUGGAGUGAAGGUCGGGGGCUCAACGUGUUGCUGUACGGAGCUGUGGGAACCGGGAAAAGCACGGUGGUCCGGAAGCUGGUGCUGGAUUGGUGCACUGGGAGAACCCUGACCCAAUUCAAGUUGCUGGUCCCUUUCUCUUGUGAGGACCUCGGUCAACUAUCAAAGGUGGCUUCCUUAAGGGACCUGGUGAGCAGGAAGUACCUCCACCUAAGAAAACACCCUCUGCUGAGUGGGGAGGGAAACCAGGCCAAGGACGUGCUCUUCCUCUUCAACGGGAUGGAGAAGAUGAAUCUGGAUUUCAGAAUUGGAGCCACAGAGCUUUGCAGUGAUCCUAAUGAGGCGCUGUCUCCAGGUGUGGUGGUGGUCAACCUGCUGAGGAAAUACCUCCUGCCUGAGGCCAGCAUCUUGGUCACCACCAGACUGUCUGCCCUGGACCGGGUCCCCCAGAAGUAUGUGAGCCGCUACGCACAGAUCUGUGGCUUCAAUGACCCGGACCGCCAGCGGGCCUACUUCAACAGCCGCCUGCUGCAGCAGAGCGGCGAGUCGGCCAGAAACCAGGAGGCCAACGCUCUCAUAGAGCUGCUCUACCUCAACCUGCAGAGAGAAAGCCAGCUGGCUGCAGCCUGCUUCCUCCCGUCCUAUUGCUGGCUCACAUGUGCUACCUUACACUUCCUCCACUUCACCGACGCCAAGGCGCCCAUCCGCACGCUGACCGGCAUUUACACCAGUUUCCUCCGGCUGAACUUCGGAGGCGAGGUGCUCGGCGCGAGAACAGGAACCAAUGUGCCCCUUCAGGAUCACCACAGCUCUCUGAUGUUGUACGUGGUCCGUACGCUCGGGAAACUCGCGUUUGACGGCGUGACUCACAGACGCACGUCGUUCUCGGAAAAGGAGCUGGAGCAGUGGAUAGGAGGUAAGACCAAGACGGACGAGGAGCUACGUCAGCUCGUCAUGUUCCGCACCGACGUGCUCGACUUCUUCUUGGCUCCCUGUGUAGAAAGCGGCAAGCAUUUAUCAGAAAAACCCGGUGAGAAUGACAAGAAGCGGUACGUGUUCGCUGUCCCGGCCAUGCAGGAGUACCUGGCGGCUCUCUACGUGGUUCUAGGAGAGAACAAAUCGGCUCUGGAGAAGCUGACCAGUCAGGUGACUAAGGCCAUCGGUCAGGCCAGUGAGGAUGUCAACACCGUCGUCAACAUCUUCUCAAAGUUCAUCCCCCUCCGGAUAUUUGCCGUCUUCAACCUCCUGAAGCUUUUUCCGAAGCUCUACGAGAAAAUCAGCAGUCACAACAAAGGCAACAUUGCCAGAACGAUGGCCUCUGAGAUGUUCCGCACCGAGGACAGCUACAACGAGGACGUCCUGGACCAGGUGGAGCAAAGCCUCCUGGGAGUCCACGGCCCGAAGCCGAAGCAGUACAGCGAGGGCCAGCCUUUUGAGCUCUACCCCAUCUUCAUGGGUGGACUGUUGCAUUAUGGGAACCGUGUCCUUCUCCAGCAACUUGGGUGCAGCAUUCAGAGCACCACCGUGGCCCAGAUCACACACGCCCUUAGGAAGUACCUGGUCAGAGAGCUCAGCAAACCACAGCCUCCAGAGGAGCUGAUGGAUCUCCUGGUCCUCCUGUACGAGUUUCAGAACCCCAGAGUGACCGCAGAGGUUCUGGCCUCGAUCAGAACCAUCAACCUCGCCAACAUCCGUAUGACGCCACUCAAGUGCUUCGUGCUGAGUUCGGUGCUCUCGUGCACUCCUGCAAGUUAUCACCUGGAAGCGAUGGACCUGUCCUCCUGCCUCCUGAAUCACGACAUGCUUCAGAUGCUGUGGCCGGCCUUCAGACACACACACAACCUCAAUCUGCAGUUUAACAGCCUGGGUCCUGAGUCCUGCGUCCUCCUGAGAGAUCUGCUACUAGACCCCAUGAGCUCUAUCAGAUCUCUACAACUGUGUGACAACCCUCUGCUGGAGUCCGGAGCCUGCACCCUGCUGGGGGCUCUGCCAGAGAACCGGUCCCUGACACACCUGUCCCUGAUGCACACCGGUCUGGGGGACCAGGGGGCCCUGGAGCUGGCCGAGAGGCUCCAGCAGCACGAGGGGCUCCUGGAGCUCAACGUGGCCUACAACAACAUCGGGGACAACGCCGCUCUGGCUCUGGUGGACGCCUGCAGGGAGCACCCCGGCCUUCACACCGUGCACUUGUAUCUGAACCCUCUCAGCGACGUUGCUAAACAGUCCCUGUAUGUCCGAGGCGUUCCCAAGAGCCAAGGCGGCCGGCGGGUCAAGGUCCUGGCUUCAGUCACCGAGGGCUCCGACAUCUCCGAGGACUGGCACCCGAUCCUCAGCGUGAUCCGGAAGAACGCCUCGUCCUGGGACCGGGAACGCGUCAAGCAGCAGCUGAAGGUGUUCCUCAGGGAUCUGGAUUGGGGCCGUCAGCAGCAGCAGAGCUUCUGGAAGAGGCUUCACUUCAGACGGGUGGAGAAGGGCGUCCGUCAGACGCUGCAGCAGCUGGAGAAGGACGAUCUACCUCCGUCAUCAGGAUACGGAAGAUGAGAGAGAGAGAGAGAGAGACAGAGAGAGAGACAGAGAGAUUGUAAAGAAGAUGACUUUGUUUUUUGCACCAAACUCAGAGAUUAAAAAGCCUCGACAGAGAGCUCUUACAUACUUUAAGGUUCUGAGGAUGUAUGAGGGUGUAAAAUGUUGCGGUUAUAGAUUAUGAAACUGAAUCACCGUUGUGUUAUGAAUAUUCAGUUUACAGUGCGUCGUUUUUUUAAAUCUAAUGUGGAUUAGAACAAAUACAGCUGUUAUUUAACAGAUGACAAAGAACAAAAAAAGGGAUAUUUAAAAACGAGGUAAUGCAAUAAAUAAAUAGUCCUCGGAAAAGUCCUUCUUGAAAUACAUCAAUAAUAUUAUAUCGGUUCCAAAAACAAACCAUUACUGUAAAUAUUAAAAAUACUAUCUGCAUGUUUUUAGAACAUAAACUGAAGAUGAAGCCUCACAUCUCACUGUUUGUGAUUAAGAAAAGGCCCAAUCCCAGUGUCUCCUUUAAAGCCUUAACUGUAAGAUACCAAUGAGGAAAGCACUCUUCCUGCGACAUAUCACGUUACCAUGACAACGUCAUAAUUCCGGUACAAUUUGGGGUAUUUUUUUCAUAUUUUAUCACCCCUCAUGUGAACGUCAUGUGAACGUCUUCCAGGGUUUUCCCCUCAUGAAAUGAGAGCUAAAUGUUGAAUAAAUCUAUUUACUCGUCUUUGUCGUAACGGGUUCAGUAAAAACGUUCAAUGUUUGAUGAAUAAAACCAGCCGUGUAAUGUUCUUUAUGUUACAUCAGGUUUAUGGAUCGUCUUUAAUCCUUCAAGGACUUCUUGCAGUGCUAGUUGGCUAAGCGCUAACAUGCUAACUGACCUGCUAACAUGAGUGAACAAUAGAAAAGUCACGUUGGUGCCUCUUUAAAGUCUUCCAGAUGUUUGGCUGAUGUUUUAUUUGGAGCCAAAAUCAAUGUGAAGCCAUAUCAAUAAUUAUGAAAUGUACUGUUUAUUGUUGUUGUUUUCCCCCUUGGACCUCUUCUUCCUCCUCCUCCUCUUCCUCCUCCUCUAACAUGUUCACUUUACCGUGUUUGCCGUUGACUGUAAUCUGUAUUUGUUUUCUCUCUGUUUGUUUUUGACUCCAUUAAUGUUUUGAUUUCAGUAAAAAAUGACUGAAUUGUUUAAUUAAGAAUAUUUUAAAAGUUAAAGUUAAACAACGGUUUGUGUUUAGUUAACGUUUCUGUUAAGUGUUCUAGUUAAAGGAACAAGUGAACAAGAACCCAAACGGUUUGUGUUUUUGUUAAAGGUAAAUCUAAACAGACUGAUGUCAGAUGUUUAUUAAAUGUUCAAUUCUGCUUAUUUAGUUUUUUAUGUCCUAUCAGAUUUGUUCUCAGAGCAGAAUGAUGCAUGUUCAGUGCUGUGUAAAUGAAAUAGGCCUGUGCUGUGAUGUUGGUGAUGAAGUGCAUUAAAACAUGUUGCAUUAAAGU